AUGAAAGUACGUUCUGUGCUCUCGGUUGGUUUCUGGGCGGCUGCAUGCGUAGCCUUUCAGACAAAUCCUGAUCUCGAUAAUCUAUGUCAUGAUAAUAGCAGAAAUUAUGAGUUCCGCUUGUUGGAUUCCGUGUUUCUCACGCGUGAGGGUCUAUGGACAUCUUUGCGGAUCGUCGGCACGGAGGCCGCAGCGCACUCGCCAACUAGCACAAAGGAGGAACAGGAUCCCGGGUCGUCGAACAGUCCAGGUGAAGACACCAGCGGAACCCAGUUGCCACAAGGUUCGACUCAGUGUGACUGGAGAAAGUGUGGCACAAGAGAGCAGGUGGAGAAAACGAUUAAGGAAAUAGAGGAGGAAUGGGGAGAUGAGUCGGCUUUUGUGACGCGUAAGCUUCAACGGCGUAUGAGCACCCCUUGCAGGUUAAAAAAACACCCCUGCCCAAAACAACGGUUGACAUGGGAGCGUGAAAUUAGGGAAGAAUUCCGACGGGUAGCGCCGCGUCACCUUGAACGCGCGGCCACGCUCAGAAAAGCUCUUGAGCAGCGACCUCCAAGUAUGUCUGGCAGCCUUGGGACACAGAGCACGGGAGGUACUUUACCGCAGGCGACUCCUGAGGACACAAGCGUAUCUAGGAUGAGUGCCACUCCGGGUAAUGCAGUCGAGGUAGAACUUAUAGGUUUCGCUGUUGGUAACGAUGAUACUGAUAUCCCUGUUUUCCGCACACCGGGGCCUCCGGGUACAACAUCAGCUCCGAGCGAGCCGCAGGCCGGAAUUCCAGCGACAUUAGGCGGCAAGCCCGCAAUCCUCAUUCUGCCCACCACCAGCGAUGCUUCAACCGGUGGACGUUCUAUUUCGCAGUCGGGAACUAAUCUCACGCAGCAGGCAAGCUUCCAGCAACCAGGCGGUACUGCAUCUGGGCCGUCAACGUCGUCCUCUGUUUCUACGUCACAAACAGCGUUACCACCUGGGAACGUAAGAGGCGCCGCCGGUCUGGGCACAUCAACCCCAUCAACCACGAAUCUGCAUCAGGCAUCCUCGAAAAAUUCGACUGUCGAUCCAGGAGCUUCCAGCAGCAGUGGAGUAUCUGGCGUCGCCCAGGCUUUUCCGGGGGUACUACCUGGAUCUGUUAUGCAUCAGGCACUACAGCGAAGCGGUUUGUUGUCACAACCGCCACCCUCAGAGCGCCCCGCCGCAAGUAAGAGAAGGCGGAAACGAAGAGGUGGCGAAGGUGACCUUGCCAGCCAGGGGGUGGGGCGUACAGGAGUCAACCAGCCGGUAGCAGUGGAUCCGUACGACAAUACACCUUCUCCAAAAUUACGAUUUUCCCCUCUGCGAACCGCAGAGGGCGCCGCAGGUGCAACAAAACCACCACAUCUGUUAGCCAGCUUGCCAAGCUCCGACCCAGGCAUGUUUUCGAGCACAGGGUCUAGCCCUACUGGCAGCUCGCGUCUACCUUCACCCCAAGGCAGCAGUUCGUCUACUUCGUUGUCUUUGGGUACCGCUCACAGGAACAGUCAGACCACUUUUCCUUUGAAGCGUGAACCGCUGCCUCCGGGCACACUAGUGGAACCAGUUGUACCGUUGGUCCCUUUUGCGGCAAACAAAAACGGACGCCUGGAAACUGUCCUUAUCCCCAGUGCUGCGGUAGUUGCAACAGGCGGAUCGUCUUUUCCGCAAUCGGGAACCGAUGCCACACAGCAGGUAGGCUCUCAGCAACCACGCCGUACUGCGUCGGGGCCGCCAACGUCGUCCUUUGUUUCUGCGUCACAAACAGCGUUACCACCUGGGAACGUAAGAGGCGCCGCCGGUCCGGGCGCACCGCCCCCUCCUGCCACGCAUCCGCAUCUAGCAUACUCUAAACGUUCGACUGUCGAUCCAGAACCUUCCCUCAGCAGAAGCUCACGUGGAGUCCCCCAGGCGUUUCCGAACCUUCAGCAGCAGCCACAAGGGAAUGUUGUGCAUCAACCACUACAGCAGCAGCCACAAGGGAAUGUUGUGCAUCAACCACUACAGCAGCAGCCACAAGGGUCUCUUGUGCAUCAACCACUACAGCAGCAGCCACAAGGGACUGUUGUGCAUCAACCACUACAGCUGCAGCCACAAGGGUCUGUUGUGCAUCAACCACUACAGCAGCAGACACAAGGGUCUCUUGUGCAUCAACCACUACAGCAGCAGCCACAAGGGAAUGUUGCGCAUCAACCACUACAGCAGCAGCCACAAGGGUCUGUUGUGCAUCAACCACUACAGCAGCAGCCACAAGGGUCUCUUGUGCAUCAACCACUACAGAUGCAGCCACAAGGGAAUGUUGUGCAUCAACCACUACAGCAGCAGCAACAGGGGUCUCUUGUGCACCAUCGACCACAGCAUCAGCCACAAGGGAAUGUUGUGCACCAACCACUACAGCAGCAGCCACAAGGGUCUGUUGUGCAUCAACCACUACAGCAGCAGCCACAGGGGUCUCUUGUGCACCAUCGACCACAGCAUCAGCCACAAGGGAAUGUUGUGUAUCAACCACUACAGCAGCAGCCACAAGGGAAUGUUGUGCAUCAACCACUACAGCAGCAGCCACAAGGGUCUCUUGUGCAUCAACCACUACAGCAUCAGGCACAAGGGUCUGUUGUGUAUCAACCACUACAGCAGCAGCCACAAGGGAAUGUUGUGCAUCAACCACUACAGCAGCAGCCACAAGGGUCUGUUGUGUAUCAACCACUACAGCAUCAGCCACAAGGGGCUCUUGUGCACCAUCGACCACAGCAUCAGCCACAAGGGAAUGUUGUGCAUCAACCACUACAGCAGCAGCCACAAGGGAAUUUUGUGCAUCAACCACUACAGCAGCAGCAACAGGGGUCUCUUGUGCACCAUCUGCACCGUCGACCACAGCAUCAGCCACAAGGGAAUGUUGUGUAUCAACCACUACAGCAGCAGCCACAAGGGUCUGUUGUGCAUCAACCACUACAGCAGCAGCCACAAGGGUCUCUUGUGCAUCAACCACUACAGCAGCAGCCACAAGGGAAUGUUGUGUAUCAACCACUACAGCUGCAGCCACAAGGGUCUGUUGUGCAUCAACCACUACAGCAGCAUCCACAAGGGUCUCUUGUGCAUCAACCACUACAGCAGCAUCUACAAGGGUCUCGUGUGCAUCAACCACUACAGCAGCAGCCACAAGGGUCUGUUGUGCAUCAACCACUACAGCAUCAGGCACAAGGGUCUGUUGUGCAUCAACCACUACAGCAGCAGCCACAAGGGUCUCUUGUGCAUCAACCACUACAGCAGCAGGAGUUGUUGCCACCUGGGGUGCAGCCGGAAACUUCGGUGUCGUGGAAGCCUGCGUUGGCUUCAGCUGACAAAGGCCAACAACGUUCAUCUGGUAAAAUGCUUAUGACGCUUGACAUUCCUGGGUCGUCAAGGCGGGCGAGUGAGCGUGCGUACUACGCGCCAUCACGUGAUGGCGCGUUGCUUUUUGACCAGUUGUUUCCCGAAUUUCCUUUCGAAGGAACAUCGAUGAAUCACCCUCAGCAUUAUGCUGGCCAUGACACUGCAAACGUGGGUGAUAGCAGUCAGCCCAAGACAGCGUACUCAACAGGAGAAGUAGCGGGACCGGCGUCUAGUUUUGAUUUUCUCUCACCCACGGGUUGGAAGCGUACGAUUCGCAGUAUUGAGACGCCGCAUCCUGGACAUGGUUCGCAACAACCCGGGGGGGGAGGUACAGUCCUUCCGUCUUACCCUCAGUUAAAAGAUUUUGAUCUCACGUUGUUAUCGACCCCUAUGCCAGCUCCUCAAUGGGACACUUCGACGAACGCACCUUCUGAAAAUGUCGCGGCGAAGACACAAGCUGUGCCAACACGGGGCGACGAGAGUGGCAGUGUGACAUCCCCAUAUGACCAACUUUUUAGGGAAGCCGCUGCCUUCAACGAAAGCAUGCGUUCAGAUGAAGCUCCUAAAAGUUAUUUGACUUCCACGUCAAUGCACUUUCAAUCAGCUGCCCCAUCGAGCCAGAAUCGACCAGGAUCCCUCCAAAACAAACCAUCGGAAAGUGGAAGAACCAGCGGUGUUUCUGCUGUCGGACACAAAGCAGCCGCUCCGCACGUGAAGCCUUCCGACAGGGAACAAAAUCCAUUUCAGCUUUUUGUUGAGCCACUGCCUAGUGCACCAAAACCAACAUCUGCUUUUGCUUGGCCAGAAGCAGGGACCUCCUUUGAGCCAGUUACAUCAGCCGAGUCGAUGACUGUCUCCGGGGGGUCUGGUAAGAAACAGGCCAAAAGGAGCACGUCUCCUGUAACGGCUUCACUGGAGCAGUCACCUUUUGAGACCGUAUCUGUCUCCAGCGCCACCGAGCUUCAAGCGCCUUCAAUUUCUGAAUACGGCUCACCAAGGACACAUCUGUCCUCUACGCCCGCGGUGAAAGGUCCGUCUGCGGGCCCGGUAUCUUCCACGUCAAACGAAUUUGGGAGUCUCCUUGCGGCUGCGUUACGGGACGCAGGGUGGUCGGAUGGCAUGACAGAAGACGAAGCGACCGACUUCGUUCUCGAUUCAAUUAAAAACUUAGAAGAACUGCAAGUGGCAAAUGAAUGGGAUGCUGCAUCGACGGAGACAAGACCUGCUGCUGAAGGGGGUACGCAACAUGCGUCUUUCAACUUAGUGUCGACGCUACUAGGCCCCGACGCCACUCCGACGCCACCAGGAUCGCGCUCUACCCCUCCUGGGGGACCGACGAAGAAACCAUCAGCCAUGGGACGUCAGAAACCAAGCUCACGGUCCACUUCAGAUUCGAAAGUUGAAGGCCGAAGUUCAACGCGCGAUUCGAGUCUCGUCGCACCAUCGACUUCCAUAGGAGCAGCGGUUCGUGAGAGAAGCAAAACUUCUUCGCCUGGUAGCUCCUCUCCGCAAUCAAAACAACUCACGGAAGAGUCCUUCUCUCUGGGUACCAAAGAGGACGAUAGCGCAUCUAUGGUUGAAGGGGAUGAGUCACAGGUUCAAUCGUCCAAGGCUACCGCUUCCGCCACAAGACGCCGUGCUUGGCAAGGGCAGCGUCUGAAUAUAUUUGGAAUACAGCCGGAAACACCGGGAACACAGCCUGUUCUGCAGUUCAUGAGGGAAAGCAAUAGAGGGUCAGUCUCGACUGCAAAAUCCCCGGAUACUCCAGUCACAUCUGCACCGGGGGGCUCACAGGGUGACAGCGGCAAUGACGGAGUGGGGUUAGUAGCCGGAUCAAGCGUGCUGCCUUCAGCAGUGCAAGGUAAGUCAUAUGCCUCCAUCUCCGGCAUCCCUUCUCACAGGGAGAGUCUUUCGUCUUCCAUCCAGGAUGUGCAGCCAGGGGGUGUUAGAGGUGCAGGCCGUCGUACACCAAAUGUCAGGACGCCAGUAAGUGCCUCCCCAACUACCGUGUUUCCUUUUGCCAGUGAAGGAUUGUUGAAGAAAACUAGCAAAAGACAGACCCCUGGGUUAGAAGGCUAUACACCUUCGGCGAAGACUCGUAGGGAGACUGGUACCGUUCUUCCAUCGAGUCUCGGAGAGUGGCAAGGGCUCACGCUUAGAACACCAAUGAAGUCUACAAGUCCGGGUGCUUCCGAAAUGCAGCCUUUGUCCAGUUUGGUGGCUUCUACGUCCCGUGGUGCACUACAGCCUGCCUUGCCUGGUUCGAUGUCUCCGAGCAGUAGCGCUCGCCCCCAAUCUCUUCGAGCGCCGUCUCGCGGUAGCUCCAGUUAUUCCGAAUAGAGAUUGGUGGUAUCAACCGCCGUCACUAGCCCACUGACAGAUCCAGAAACUGAGAUGGGUUUCGGUCAGCGUGUGCGAGGUCUUGGGAAACCGUUCCCAAAGGCCGUCGUAAACGAAAGCGUCGAAAAGAGACCGGCUUCUUCAUUGGAAAUGUGCAACAAACCACUCGUUUGUGGGGUUUCAUACAAUUGUAUGUAUAUGCAUAUGUAUAGGUGUGUUCACGUGACCAUGCAAGUUAGCACGUCGUGCAUCUAAGCUGCGGUUAUGUAUGUGUGUCUAUAUGUGGACGGAUGUGUGCGUAGAUGACAGAGAGCUAUAGAUGUAUUGGUAUGUAAGGUAUUUGCGUUUCAGUGCUUAGGCCCUGGAACUUGGUUUUUACAGCAGCGUGUAUUUUAUUCAAUGACACGACACACCGCUGCCUCACGUGUACAGCGGUGACAGUCCAUCGUAGUACCUUAAUUAAUUUUCAGAGAAUGUGCAUCGCUUUAUGUGUCCUUGUCACCCCUAGUUUUUCAUUAUCAGUUCAUGCUUUCCACGCGUAUUCUGCUAUUGUGAGACGCUACAUGACGACGUCCACCUGAGGAUUGAAGACACACGUGCCUUCCUUUCCGCUUCAUUUCAACUCCCUUACUGAUGUGGAUAGCUCCCGCGCGGCGUGAGGGUUCUGGUAUUUUAUUCGGCAAGCAACAACUACACAAUUUCAGAUCAACUGUUAGUAUUCGGGAACUUUUUGUUUGAU